AUGGAGAGGAGUUCCUCAUCGUACACCUUCGAGGCCCGAAGUCACGUGUUGUGUCUCUGUAAUGUAGAGGCUCCACUGGUGACAUCGUGGACCGAGGAUAAUCCAGGGAUGCGUUUCUAUAGAUGUGGUCUAUACAAGGUUACAGGUAGGAAAGGCUAUAAUUAUUUUGAGUGGCACGAUCUAGUUGCCAACAUUCGUCAGAAGAAGAUCAUUGUAGCAUUGAUGAAGAAAGUUGAUGAAUUGAAGUUGAGGGAAAAGGACUUGCAAAGCAGGAUCAGGGACAUGAAGAUGAAGGAAAAAAUUUUAGGGAUUGUUUUGGUUGUGUCUUGGAUUGUAAUUGUGGAAUUGUUGAAUUGGUACAGUGUUAAGGUUGUAGAGUGCUUUGUGUAUCCUUCAUUACAGGUCCAUCAGCUCUAA